CAGCGAUGUGAUCAUAAUGCCAUGCCAUAGAAGUAUAUAAGAAAAAACUUACUCCAGCCAGUCUCCGGUAUAGCUUCACUGUCAAAUGACGAUACCCAUACUCCAACUACACCCUCCAUCCAAAUCGUCGAUAUAAUAGCGAGCGAGCCAUCAUGCGACCUUCUCUUAUCGUCCGCGGCGUUCAAGGAUUGGGAGUGGCCAUCAAGAAGGACUUUCCGGAAUUGGUCAAGACCUAUAAUCAACGGUGGUUCGACCCGAACAUCAAGGGCAAGACCGUCGCUCUCGAUGCGACCUUGAUCACGACCAGGUUCUUUUACACUCAAUCGUCGGACGACUCGUUGGAGACCAAGAGGAUCGUUAUGGGAUGGCAUCGGCUCAUCAAAAGCAUGAAACGAGCUUCCGUCAAACCCAUCGCGAUCUUUGACGAACCCGGACCAAGGGAAUGGAAAGCCCGUGAACACGUCAGACGACAACAUCAGCGGUCUUUACACCUCGCCAGGUCGUUACUCGAGGACGCUAGGAGAGAACGGUUGGGGAAGAUCGAACAGGUCUUGAUUGAUGCACGGAGGUUGUUGCAAAAGGAUCGACUGCCGGUUCUUUGGAACGAUGCCGGGAGUGACAUUGACUCGGAGUUUGAUAUAGAAAAAGAACUCUUGAACCUGGAAGAUGUCCAGGUCGGCGGUCCUUCUCAAGGAGUUCUCGUUCUCGAUCUCGAUCUCCAACUCGAUCCGGGGAAGAAGGUCUUACAGGCCGCCUUGAUGCUAUUGCGGGAAUGCAGGGCGUCCAGUCGGCCCGGGGAGAAGCAUACGAACAGGUCUAAUUAUCAGUUCUUAAAGGACCGGUUCUUAAAGGAAGAUUCCGAGACCGAGGCCGAGGUAACGGACUUUGUGGAGGGAGAGAUUGGGCGGGGUGGUCCUGAAUCCACUGUCGGAGAUGCGGGGAGGUUGGAAGUCGAUGGCGAUAACCCAGAUGAUGGGCUCGUUGCCAUCGAGAAAGGGUUGGAACGUAUUUCCCUGGCCGCUCCGAGUCUCGAACUAAACGAAAAGACGUUAGACGAAGCUUUGGUCGGGCAGGAGGAAGACGACGUUGAUGUAGAAGAUAUCGCUACGGUCGUCGUCGAGCCCUCUCACGAUUUUACCGAAUCCAUCCGUCAAACCGCCCUGACGGCCAACGAGAACUACCUCCUCUCCGACAUUAUCAAGACCCUGACCUCGACCUCUCCUACGCCCACUCAGAUGACGUUUGUCGAGUAUCAACAGGAACUCAGGAACCUGCAAGACCGAGCGAGGGAAGUCGCUCGGACUUACGAACGCAGUCAUGCCAAACCGACCGCUCAGGACAUCGAGGAAAGCCGGGAAUUGCUCCAAGUCAUGGGGGUGCCGAUCGUCCAGGCUCCUUCGCCUUACGAAGCCGAGGGUUUGGCCGCGGCCAUGGUGGCUGGGGGCAUGGCGGACUAUGCAGGGACGGAGGACUCGGACAUACUCGUCUACGGCGCCUUGCUCCUCAGGAACGUGGGCACGGGCACCCAGCCUCUUCAAUCGAUCGAUGGGGAAGAGUUCCGAUGCGCCCUGGACCUGUCUGAGGGGCAAUACCGCGAUUUCCUCAUCCUCAACGGGACGGACGCUUGCGAGCGUAUCCACGGGGUCGGCUUUAAACGGGCCUUGAAGUUGAUCAAGGAGUAUGGGAAUAUCGAGACGAUCCUGGAAAAGGCCCAGUCGAAGAAGAUCUCGUUACGAGCUUUGACGCAGGAAGGGUACCUGGGUCGAGUUGCCGCAGCUAGACGAGUAUUCGAGGAUUUGCCGAUGUUGCCCACGGAGCUUGAGGUGCGGCAGCAGGACGUAGAGGUCGGGGUUGUGGAUGGGUUCCUGAGGGACCGACAUGGGAUCGUGAUGCUGACCGACGAGGACACCGUCGGACUCGGGGAUACGGUAGAGACGGGUUUCAGCGAAGAGGUCGGUCUAGACCAAUUAGCUGUCAAGCGAAAGCGAGAGGAUGAGCCAUCGAUGCCGGAUCUCCCUGAGGACAUUCCGGACUGGAUGGUCGGCGCCGGUCCGCCGAGAUAGAGGUCGAGGUACUGGACAACUAUAACGAUCUGUAAUUCUGUACACUAGAUUGCACACCCAGGUUCUCUCAGCAAGCAUCGAAAGGCCAUGCAAUUCAGAACGAACCUUGCGUAGACGCUAUCAUUCCUGCUCUGGUGGCAGUUCCCAGCCGGAUUGUUAACAGCUCACGGGCUCGAGAACUCGAUCAAUCAUAUCUUCACUAGACACAAGCUCACAGGCCACAGGAUCUGAAACGUCCAUCAUCAUCGAUCAUCAUCAUCUUAGCGACGACCUAGGGGUCGCCCUGGUCGCUACGGGGUUGUUGAUGGUUGAUGAGACGCGCUGCCCGGUCCGGGCGCAUCCGGUAUUGAUCAACCCCUUUGAUCAUUUCUCCCUAUCUUGUUAUCGCUCGUCAUCCUUCUCAUCCUUCCGC